UCAAUCGGUUCUCGAAUGACUGUAGCUCAGAGAAAAGAGGCACAUGAAUUGAGAAAGACUCUCAAGCCAUUGAUGGAAAAGAGAAGGCGGGCUCGCAUUAACGAGAGCCUCAAUCACUUAAAAACACUGAUACUCCCUCUGGUCGGCAAAGACGCUUCACGUUAUUCAAAGCUCGAGAAAGCUGACAUUCUCGAAAUGACUGUCCGGUUCCUCAAAGAUCUGCCUUCCUUAUCAGCUAAAGGUCAAACAGACAGCUAUAAAGAGGGCUAUAAAGCCUGUUUGCAGCGCAUCUCUGUGAUGCUGCCGCAGUCUAACCUUGGAACAGAAACCCGUCAGCGCGUUAACGAGUUCAUCCAGACUCCAUGGUGUCUGCGACAUCGUCCUGCGAGAACUGCUGUGCUCAGAACUCCAGAAUGAUUUCACAAAUGCACCAGAGACUUGUGAGCUUGAGGAACAACAGCUCUACAAUGGAGAACCACUCCAUCAGUACUGCGUCAGCUCCCAGCCAA